UUCCUCUUAACGUCUAGCCGCUCGUCCUCUCCAGUGAAGCCACGGCUCUCCACUCUCGGUCUGACCCGCGUGUCGGCGCUGCGCAGAAGGAAUGGCGACCAAGGUGGUGGACCUCCGCUCCGACACGGUGACCAAGCCCUCGGAGGCCAUGCGCGCCGCCAUGGCCGCGGCGGACGUGGAGGACGACAUCCUGGGCUCAGACCCCACCGCGCGCCGCUUCGAGGCGGAGAUGGCCCGGAUCAUGGGCAAGGAGGCCGCGCUGUUCGUGCCGUCCGGCACCAUGGCCAACCUCAUAUCCGUCCUCGUGCACUGCGACACCAGGGGCAGCGAGGCCAUCCUCGGCGACAACUCCCACAUCCACGUCUACGAGCACGGCGGCAUCUCCACCCUCGGCGGCGUCCACCCUAGGAUCGUCGCCAACAACCCCGACGGCACCAUGGACAUCGACAAGAUCGUUGCCGCCAUCAGGAGUCGGGAUGGGUCGUUGUACUAUCCCACCACCAGGCUCAUCUGCUUGGAGAACACACAGGGAAAUUGCGGAGGGAAGUGUCUGUCUGUAGAAUACACUGAUAAGGUUGGUGAAGUUGCCAAAACCCAUGGCCUGAAGCUUCAUAUCGACGGAGCUCGUAUUUUCAACGCUUCCGCAGCGCUUGGGGUUCCUGUUGAUAGACUUGUGAGAGCUGCCGAUUCGGUUUCGGUAGGCCUAGCGAAAGGGAUAGGUGCUCCCAUUGGAUCAGUUAUUGUUGGUUCCAAGGCCUUCAUACACAAGGCUACAAUUCUUAGGAAGACACUAGGUGGUGGAAUAAGGCAGGUAGGAAUUCUUUGUGCUGCUGCCGAAGUUGCAGUCCGCGAUACCGUCGGCAAGCUUGCGGACGACCAUAGGAAGGCUAAAGUCUUAGCAGAUGGACUGAAGAAAAUUGAACAGUUUACAGUUGAUUUAGCUUCAGUGGAGACCAAUUUGGUGUUCUUUGAUAUGGCGGAUGCACGCAUAUCACCUGCGAAACUGUGUCAGGUCCUGGAACAGCGCAAUGUGCUUGCAACGCCAAUAGGCUCCAAGAGUGUCAGACUUGCGGUACACUACCAAAUUUCAGAUGGUGACGUCCAAUAUACUUUGAAAUGUAUCGAGGAAGCAGUGGAGGAAAUAAUAACAGGCGAUGCGAAAUUGGAGCAUCUGACGAACGGCGCUACCACGAAUUCAUAAGGGCGGUAGUAGCUACUACCCUUUGGCGUCCACCUACGCAUCCAUCGGUGCAGUAUCCAGCUUGAUUGUGAUCGUGGCUGGCAUUGGUAGUAGUAACAACUUCCAAGAAUAUCUAUUGCCUUUUUAUGCAUGAGAUGUGUGUGUGAUUACGUUUUUCUUCAGCUCGGAGCUUGCAACUAGCGAUAGUAACGAUAUAUACUGGAAAUAAUUGCUUGCACCAUUCAUUAUUCAUGUUGCCAA